UUUUUUUUUCGUUCCGAUUUCGUUUUUCCUCUUCUUCCGGAUUGCUUUCGAUUGUUUAUUUUAUUUUUCUUCUGCCGCUUCGUCGCUGUUGCUCGGCACCUUGUAUCGUCCGCCACGCACCGUUAGUUUAUCGUCGUACCUCUCUCCGAAUUCCGUUCGUUCUAUCUGUUUUUCUCUCACUCACUCUCCCUAUUCUCAUAUCUCUAUCUUUCUCUCUCUACCUCUUUCUCACUAUUUUGCCGACGGACACACGUGUAUUCGGGGCCCGCUACCCUACUGUGCCGCGCGCAAGAAAAACUAUAACCUUAAAACCGAUUGUGUCCUUCUUCUCCGGCUGACAUCUUUCCGCGUAGCCGGAGUGCAACAGUGGUGCGAUGUCAUAAUAAAUAACAAUGACAAGAUUCUUAAGAACCAUGUGAUAAGUUGUAUAAUGUUAUUCGUGGUAUGUUUGCACACAUCUACAAAAUGAUUAAGUAACCCGGACGGGCCGGUAGGAGAGUGAGCGCCCCCACCGUCAUCAUGUCCGACACGGCGGCCAAUUGCGGUUACGGUAGCGGCGAAGAGACAGCCUCGCUGCUGGUGAAAAGCCCUCCGCCGGUGGUGCGGUCGACGGCCGCGCAGGGCACCGGCGGCGGUAUAUCGUCAUCCGGCAAACCCGUGCUAACCAGACAGGACUGCACCACGUCGCUGAUCCCAUACCACUACCGGGACCUGCGGAACGCAACGCCCACACUGGGCAGCAGCGACGACAGUGGGCCACCAAUCGACAGCGGCGUGAGCGCGGCCGCCAGGUCGGUGCCGGACAUCGAGCUGCACUGCCGGUACCUGGCCGUCAACCGGUGCCAGUGCCAGCGGCGCAAGAGCCACUGCAUCUCGCGUUCGGUGUCCCGCGAGAGCGUGCGCACGGCCGGCGGCGUGGGCGGCGUGUCCUCCGCUUCCGGUGUCCACGGUGGCGGUGGUGGUGGUGGUGGUGGUGGGGGCGGCGUCGGGUCCGCUUACGCGCUGUCACCGCCGCCGCCCGUGCUACUGACCACGUCGCCCAGCUCCCGCAUCAUCCGGCAGAGCUCGCAGCCCGAGGCCACCGGCAGCGUGUCCAUGUGCUCCGGCCACUGCUGCCACAUGCACCACCAGCCCAGCUCGUCGCUGCGCCAGCUCAGGGAUCCGGCCGACAACAUAGCGAUGAUCGCGGCCGAUUCGCUGCGGAUCAACGGCGCAAUCAGACAAUUCCGACAGGCGGGAAUCCUGCUCUCAGCUCAGACGUUGGCGGCUCAGGGAACUCAGGCGCGUCGGGUACGACUCAGACGUGCAUUAACAGAAGCUGCAAAUUCAGACACAGUUCCAAUCAUCAAAACGCUGCGAAAGCACACGUCAUCGACAUUGUCGAUCACUAGUGGGAUGAAGGUUAGCGGUUCUGGUGGCCGAGGCGAUAGCGGCGUAGUGGGCGAGGAAGCCGGCAUAGCAUUGGUUAGCAUACAUUCCGACUAUCCCCGCUACACCGAAGAACGUACCGGAUUGGUGUGCAAGGGUACCAGCUUAGUAGGUUCCAGUGGUAAUAUAACCGGCAGUAAACAUAAACCAAACGUUGGAUACAGACUGGGUAGGCGUAAAGCACUUUUCGAAAAACGAAAAAGAAUCAGUGAUUACGCUCUAGUGAUGGGCAUGUUUGGAAUCAUAAUCAUGGUCAUCGAGAAUGAGCUGGCUAGUGCAGGAGUGUACUCAAAAACGUCAUUCUAUUCUACAUCACUGAAAACGCUCAUAUCCGUAUCCACCAUCAUUUUGCUGGGAUUAAUCAUGGCUUAUCAUGCGCUCGAAGUACAGUUGUUCAUGAUCGACAAUUGCGCCGACGACUGGCGGAUCGCGAUGACGUGGCAGCGGAUCGCCACCAUCACGAUGGAGCUGGUGAUAUGCGCGAUCCACCCAAUCCCGGGCGAGUAUUACUUCGAGUGGAAAACGAAGCUGGCCAACAAACACGGGAAACUGGAGACGCGGUGGGUGCCGUACGACGUACCGCUGUCGCUGCCAAUGUUCUUCCGGCUGUACCUCAUCUGCAGGGUUAUGCUGUUGCACAGCAAGCUGUUCACGGACGCGUCGUCCCGCAGCAUCGGCGCCCUGAACCGGAUCAACUUCAACACGAGGUUCGUGCUGAAAACGCUCAUGACCAUAUGCCCGGGCACGGUGCUGCUCGUGUUUAUGGUGUCCCUGUGGAUAAUCGCCAGCUGGACGCUCAGGCAGUGCGAGAGGUUUCAUGAUGAAGAUCACGCUAACCUGCUGAACUCCAUGUGGUUCAUAGCGAUCACGUUCCUGAGCGUGGGCUUCGGAGACAUAGUGCCAAACACUUACUGCGGUCGUGGCAUUGCGGUCACCACCGGCAUAAUGGGUGCUGGAUGCACAGCUCUUCUUGUGGCCGUCGUAUCACGUAAAAUGGAGCUGUCUAGGGCAGAAAAACACGUUCAUAAUUUCAUGAUGGACACUCAACUUACAAAACGACUGAAAAACGCUGCGGCUAAUGUUCUUAGAGAGACGUGGCUGAUAUACAAACACACCAGACUGGUGAAAAGGGUAAACGCAGGCAGGGUUAGAACACACCAACGAAAGUUUCUAUUGGCUAUAUAUGCGUUGAGAAAAGUGAAAAUGGACCAAAGAAAAUUAAUGGAUAACGCAAAUACAAUAACAGACAUGGCCAAAACGCAGAACACUGUUUAUGAAAUAGUAUCAGACAUGAGUAACCGAUACGAUGCGUUUGAAGAACGUUUGGUGAACCUUGAAGAUAAGCUGGUAGCCUUGCAGGAACAGCUGGAAUUGUUGCCGGAGAUCCUGACCCGAUGCAUAGCGCAGAACCAGAACCAGCAGAACAGUAACGUGUCGUCAACCACGGAGUCCAGGCGCAAUUUCCUGCACCCCGAGUCGGCGGCCGCGGCUACCACGGGUGGCCUGAUGCAACCGUCCGCCUCGUCGCCGGCGGGCAGCAUCACCGGCGUCGGCGGCAACCCACUGAUGUUCCCGUCGUCUUCGGGCGCCCCGGGCGGCGGCAUGAUGAUGAUGGCCAUGGGCAACGGGUCCACCGUCAUGUCGCACUCGCGCAGCGUGCCGCCCACCGGCACCGGCGGCGCAUCCCAUUACCAUUGGCCCACCAGUCCCAUAUUGCCGCCCAUCAGCAGCCGCACGCCGCAUCUGGUACCCGAGCCCCUGCAGCCGUCCAGCUGAGCCCACGCCCGACCACCGCUCAUCGGAGCAAAAAUGUGUCAGCGUUCGUUUUGAAAUCAGCUAAACGACUUGGAAAAUAAAUAUUCAGAAUCGUCCACGUAUUCAAUUUGUCGACGUCAAUAUAUUAUGAAUAUAAUAAAAUAUAUUAUUAUUAUUGUUAAAAUACUUAAGUAGAAUUAAUUAAUGUUAUACACAAAAAAACUUUGUUAUUUCUACUAGAAAUUAGUAUGAAUUGCUCAGAAUAUAUAAGUGGAAUUUAAAAUUUCGUAUAGGACAUGUUCAACGAGAUAUGUAGAAUUGUAUACGCCUAAAAGGCUUUUAUUUUGAUUUUGAUUUUUUUAUUAUUGUUAAAAUUUAUAAAUUUAUAAAAUUUAAUUUUAAAAAUGUAAUUGUAUUAUUAAAUGUCUUUAUAGGUAGGUAUUUUAUCGCUUUAGAAUAAUUGCGCGUAACGUACAUUAUAUUUUUCUACGAAAAUCGAUUCUAAAUAACUAAUAAAAUCUUUAUAACAUUAAUUAAUAAUGAUAAUAAUUAAAUAAUCACUCAUUUAUAAUAAUAUACAUUUGGUAGAGCUUCAUUUUAAGAAUUAACGAUUUGGAUUAAAUAUAAUUUCACUAUACAAAAUAAUAUGAUGUCUAAACGAUAACUAUAUUAAUAAAUUAAUUGCAAACAUUUUUUACACAAUACAAUACAAAAUCUAAGGGACGUGCACCAAAUCCCAUGAUUAGUGUAAAUUUUAUUUUUAAAUAAUUGUUCUACUUAAAUGUUAAUCUAGAUAUUCAGUAUUAAGACGAAAUUAAACUAAUCAUUAUUUUUA